ACGUGGAGGAAAAAAAAACAGACAACAAAAAACAGCUUGGUAAAGGUUUGGGUCUCUUGUCAGAACAAAACUCCUGCGAAGAUCUUCGCUAAGUAAGUCCAACUACAUGAUGAUUGAAGAUAACAAAGAGAACGAAGACCAUGUGCCUGAAAGGGGAAGAACCGCCAUCAUUUUUUCCUUGAAGAAUGAAGUCGGAGGACUUGUAAAAGCUCUAAAACUCUUUCAGGAGAAGCAUGUGAACCUGGUGCACAUCGAGUCACGGAAAUCCAAGAGACGAAAUUCGGAGUUUGAAAUUUUUGUUGACUGUGACAGUAAUAGAGAACAGCUGAAUGAGAUCUUCCAGCUCCUCAAAUCCCACGUCAGCAUCGUCUCUAUGAACCCAGCAGAGCAUUUCAAUGUGCAGGAAGAUGAGAUGGAGAACAUUCCCUGGUAUCCAAAGAAGAUCUCAGAUUUGGAUAAAUGUGCAAACCGAGUGCUGAUGUACGGGUCCGAUUUGGAUGCUGAUCAUCCAGGUUUCAAAGACAAUGUCUAUCGUAAGAGGCGAAAGUAUUUUGCAGAUUUGGCUAUGAACUACAAGCAUGGUGACCCAAUUCCCAAGAUUGAAUUCACAGAGGAGGAGAUCAAGACUUGGGGGACUGUAUACCGAGAGCUUAACAAGCUUUACCCAACUCAUGCCUGCAGAGAGUACCUUAAAAACUUACCCUUGCUCACCAAAUACUGUGGGUACAGGGAAGACAAUAUCCCCCAGCUGGAAGAUGUGUCCCGCUUCCUGAAAGAGCGCACAGGUUUCACUAUUCGCCCUGUUGCUGGGUAUCUGUCACCCAGAGAUUUCUUGGCAGGAUUAGCAUUCAGAGUUUUUCACUGCACUCAGUAUGUUAGACACAGCUCGGACCCUCUCUACACACCAGAGCCUGAUACCUGCCAUGAGCUCCUAGGCCAUGUCCCUCUUUUGGCUGAACCCAGUUUUGCUCAGUUCUCCCAGGAAAUUGGUCUUGCAUCACUUGGGGCAUCAGAUGAGGCUGUCCAAAAACUGGCCACAUGCUACUUUUUCACUGUAGAGUUUGGCCUGUGCAAGCAAGAGGGACAGCUAAGAGUUUAUGGGGCUGGCUUGCUCUCUUCUAUUAGUGAGCUGAAGCACUCGCUCUCUGGCAGUGCCAAAGUCAAGCCUUUUGAUCCAAAGGUCACCUGCAAGCAAGAAUGCCUCAUUACAACUUUCCAGGAGGUUUACUUUGUUUCUGAAAGCUUUGAAGAAGCAAAGGAAAAGAUGAGGUACGCUUUUUCUUGACUUCCUGUGUUUCUCAGAGGCAGCACCAGAUCCUUUCAUUCUUAUCACAAUUUUAUAAUAGCUUUCCAGCCCCAUGAAAGGUUGAGUUUAAUAUUUAGUUGGUCUCCCAUGUACUGGAUGGGAGAGAUGAUGAACUUUGUAGUAAUUAUGAUGAUCACUAAGAAAGUAAGUGGCGUAGAAAAG